GUUGGGUGGCAGACAGCCGUUGCUCGGCUGACACGUAACUAAACUUAAAGGUGUUUUGGAGGCCUCGUCCUGGUCUUCAAAUUUGAACUUUUGCUCAGGCUUAUCCAAACUGCGUCGGAAACGCUGAAGUCAGGAAGCAGGAGAAGAAAUCGUCAGCCUUUGGUUUGUUUUUGCAUUUAGAAACAAGGGACAGCAGGGCUUUGACUUGUAGCCGAAAAAUCUGAGCGGAUACUCUGAAGUCGCCACGGAGAGUCUUGAGUGGAUGUGGCCGCGUAAAAAUAAUGCACAGAAGAGCAGAUAUUAGAGUCUAACUUAUAGUUUCGGUGUGGAAAUGCUCGGGGAGUAAGGGGAAAGGAGGGGGGGAAGGGGAGAAAGUUGAGUCGGAAGUUUACAGCAGCAUAGCUGGGGCUUUCUCGUGCUGAGAGUGGAGAGAGCUGCGGGUCCAACAUGGGAAACGGGGUGCGCUCCCGGAGGCAGCGGAAGAUCUUCCAGUAUCUCCUGUUAGUCACCGUGGUCUGCGGGGUGAUGUACGGGGGGAUGAUAUCCUACGAGAUGCAUAAACAACUCAAGAGGACAGAGGCGAUCUCCCUGAAGUAUCAGCAACAUCAGGAGUCACUCUCGGCUCAGCUCCAAGUGGUUUAUGAGCAUCGCUCCCGGCUGGAGAAAUCUCUUCAGAAGGAGAGGUUAGAGCACAAAAAGGCCAAAGAAGAUUUUCUGGUUUAUAAACAGGAGUCACAACAAUCUCUGAACAAGGAAAAGCAGGAGGCAAACAGCAGGUUAAACUCUUAUCAAGUGCAGCAUCAGAUGUUAAAGAAUCAGCAUGAGGACCUGAAGAGGCAGUACUCCGAGCUGCAGGAGCAGCACCAAGUGCAGGGCGAGGACCACAGCCGACUGCUGGAUGAACACAGGGAGCGCUACGAUAAACUUCAUCAAACCAAAGAGGGGGAAAUCUCCCAACUCAAAGACAGUGUGUAUAAUCUAAGAGAGGAAAAUAAACAAUUAAGGAAAGCGCACCAUGACAUUCACACACAGCUACAGGAUGCACAGAUCCAGCAUCAGGAUCUGAAGACAGCCCACGACCAGCUCGCACUGACACUGGAGGACCACAAGAGUGCGCUGGCUGCAGCUCAGGCUCAGGUUGACCAGUACAAGCAGAUCAAGGAUUCACUAAACAGAGUACCCAACCAGCCACAGCAAGAGCGAAAACCCUUUCCUCAGCAGACGCAGGCAGCCACCGUAACAGCCGUGUCUCAUGUCCAUGAAGCCCAUCCAGGUGCUACACUGGUGCAGUCUCAUAAAGAAGAGCAUGUUCAGGAAGAUCCCCAGGCUCACUGGGACACUGAGUCAAUGGUAAUAAAAAUAUUUUUGGACCAUCAGAAGGAGAAGGUGAAUGCCCGGUCUGAGAUCAUUUCUCACCCCGCUGUGUCCCAGAACACCUUUUCUGAGAGAGAGGAUGAUGGAGAGGGAGAGGCGGAGAGGAGGAGGGAGCUGGCUGAGGAGGAGAUGGCCCAAGCGGGGCAGCCUCAGAAGCUGGAGGAGGACCCGGACCAGCCUCAGGAUGAGGAAGAGGAGGAACCAGAGCAAGAGAAGCCAGAUGAGAAUGUUUUGGACCGACAGAGACGCCAUCCUCAGCCGGAUGCCCACGAAGUGCUGCAUCAGGAGGCCCAGCUGCAGCGCCAGGCACCAGCCCAGGUGCAGCAUGUGAAGUCAGCCUACGAGCAGCAGCAGGAGCAGCAGCGCCUGGAGGCUCAGAGGGCCGAGGAGUGGAGGCAGCUCCAGAUGCGACAGCAGGCUAUGCAGGCCCAGAGGCAGAAGGUGCUGAAGGAGAGGGAGCAGCGGCUAAAGGAGGAGCAGAAGAGAGAGGUGCAGCAGCACAGGGAGGCCGACAGACGGGAGCAGCUGCUGAGACAGGAGCACCUAAGGAAGAGGACCCAGUAUGAAAACAUGGACAAUGAUAUGGGUCCAGGGGAAGAAAACCAUCAUAAUGACAAUGAAGAAGUUGGUGCGUUAACAGAGAGAGAUGGCAAUAUGUUACACGAGGAUGAGGAAGAAAAACAAGAAGUGGAUCACAGAGUGCCACAGCAUCAGGGUGCUGUUGAUGGUGAUGUUGACCCCGAAGACGACCCCAACAACCAGGGAGAGGAUGAGUUUGAGGAAGCUGAAGAAGACCAGGCACCGCGCAGGGCUGCUGAAGAGGAAGAAGAGGAGCCGGCAACACACAUAAAAACUCACCCAGGCCCUGAACAUCCUGCUGUGGAGGAGGAAUUAGUGAUGGCUGGAAACCCAGAUCAACAGGAAGACACACUGGAUGACCAGUACCAGGAAGAAGUAGAAGACGAGGCGCAGGAGGACAUUAACGGUGGGCAAAAGAGAGAUGAGGAGGAAGAGGAGGGAGUUGAAGAGGAAGGAGAGGAUCCAUAUAAUGAAGAGAAUGUAGAACAGGUUGGAGCAAAAACCCAGGAUCAACCAAGAAAAGAGGGGAAUCACCGAACCAGAGCAAAGGAUAAUGAGGAAGAGAAUUAUGAGGAGGAGGAAGAAGAGGUAGAUGAAGAUGCAGCUGGUCGAGACAAGAGAAAGAAUCGGAGGGCAGAAAUGUAGGAUGAGCACAAACAUCAGCUCCAGUGCCUUUUUUUUUGGCUUCUUGUUGAGCCAUUUGGGCCUUUCUGUAAGUUCCUAAAGGAAUAAAACCAUCCAUUCAUUCAGAAUUCCACUUAGGAAAGUCUGGAAAUUAUGCCUGGAAGAUGGGCAGGGAUGCAAACACUGUACACUGUGGAAAUGGACACAAUUUGUAGGGCGUGAAUGGCCUAUAAACUGUAUUUCUAUUUGUAUUUUUAUUUGUUUUUCUGUCUACUCGCAUGUCUGCCUGCUUGUCUAUCUGGUUCAGAGAAUGUAUUUUUUAUCAAUUUGCUGCCUUUUGAUUAUUUGUAAAGAAAGCAGAUAAAUUAUGCCAUAAUUUUGUCCUCAUGUUCAGACUCUGUUGUUUGUUUAAUGCAGACCCAAAGUUUACGUCUUGCAUUCCAAUCACUUGUGGCAUUUCUGUUAUUUAUUGCUGGUGGAAGCAACUCUGACAAUCAAAAAAUGUGCAGCACUUCUCUUUUUCUUCCCCUGAUGGAAGUAGUUGGAUGCAAAGGCUUUAACCAGUUAAAGGCUGACACAGGAACAAUUUCACUGGAUAUUUCAGCAAAUGCCAAUCAAAAAGGACAUUUCUGGUGAAGCUGCUCUACACAGUGUUAUGCUGACAUGUGCCUUUCCAUUCUAAAAAAAAACCUCUGCUAGAUCUUAGUCAUUUUCCAUUAGAAAAGCCAUUUAAUAGGACAGAAGAGGGGUAAGCCUGGGUUUGUGAGUGUGUGACUAUUUUAAAUGAGCUGCCUGCGUGAAUUAAAUUCACAAACCCAAUGCAGUUUACUAAGUGUCUUAAAUGUACUGUACGAUGUACAGUCAAAUGUUUGUAAAUUUGUACACCUGUUUCUUUUUUUUUUUUUAUACAAAAGGAUGGAUUGUGGUUGUAUUGAACCAUGUUUGUCAUCUAGGUGUUGUGUGUAAUAAAGAUGUCAAAGGGUA